AUGGCUAGCUUCACAGAAGAGGCAAUGGAUAACUACAUGUAUUCAGCAUAUAACCCUUACUCCUACAGGUACUUUAAUCCUAAUCCUAAAAAUAAAGGGAUGAGUUGGAGGCAGAGGAACUAUCUGUCCAACUAUGGUGACACUGGAGAAUAUUUUGAUAACUACCAAAGGGCUCAGUUAAAGGCUAUCCUGUCUCAGGUAAAUCCCAACCUUACCCCAAGGCUGAGAAAAGCAAAUACCAGAGAUGUUGGCAUCCAGGUAAAUCCCAGACAGGAUGCAUCUGUCCAGUGCUCAUUGGGCCCUAGAACUCUUGUGAGGAGGAGGGUAGGAACCAUCACAAAAGCUGAGCAGGUUCCUUCAGACCAGGGAAGCCCUGCAUCUCCCACUAAGACCGUACACUUCCCCAGAACCAUAGCCGUGUACUCGCCUGUUGCUGCUGGGAGACUUGCAACUUUCCAGGAUGAGAAUAAGGAUACUCCAAAAACAACUGAGGAGACUGCAAAAGAUGAUGCCUCGCUAAAUGUAAGCGAUAAAGAGAGCAAAACAGAUGGUGAAACCAAGGAAGCCAAUAAAGAGGAUGAUGAGGCCCAAUCCACCCCUUCUCCUGGGGAGACGAGACUGAGGUUCCAGUUCCUGGAGCAGAAGUAUGGCUAUUACCACUGCAAAGACUGCAACAUUCGCUGGGAAAGUGCAUAUGUGUGGUGUGUGCAGGGCACAAACAAGGUGUACUUCAAACAGUUCUGCAGGACAUGUCAGAAGUCCUUUAAUCCUUAUCGGGUGGAGGAUAUCAUGUGUCAGAGCUGCAAGCAAACUAGGUGUAUCUGUCCUGUGAAAGAGCGCCAUGUGGACCCAAAAAGACCCCACCGCCAAGACCUGUGUGGGAGGUGCAAGGGCAAGAGGCUCUCCUGUGACAGCACCUUCAGUUUCAAGUACAUCAUUUAAUCCAGGCUUGUGUACUUUCCUAAUGUUGGGCCAGAUUCCACCCCCCAUUA